AUGCAAAUGAAAAUCUUCAAGUGCCCUGAAAGAGUACCUGAGGUGGCCAUGGACUUUGAGACCGACCGAGAUCUCGCCACCCCAAACCUCCGCGGUUCCACGGCGCUGUUCGGUCGACCCGUCGCCGGUCACCGAGGCAAAGAGGUCUUUCGCUUCGCCACCAGCCGAGUGCCCAAGACACUCUCCAAGCUCUUGGAGCGAUCUGGUGUCGCUCCAGAAGAGGUGGAUUGGCUUUUGCUUCACCAGGCCAACCGGCGCAUCAUGGAUUCCGCAGCGAAGCGCUUGGGCGUCCCACAGGAGAAGAUCAUUUGCAACCUCGAUGAGUACGGCAACACCUCGGCUGCCUCCAUCCCCUUAGCUCUCGAUGAGGCGAUCCGCGAGGGCCGCGUGAAGAAGGGUGACCUCUUAGCUUGCUGCGGCUUCGGUGCUGGACUCACCUGGGGAGGCAGACGGCUUCUCACGGCGGGCCGACGGAAGCCGACGGUGUGCUUGGAAUGGGGCUGA